AUGGCGGGGACAGCGCGCCAUGACCGAGAGAUGGCAAUCCAGGCCAGGAAGAAGCUCAGCACGGCCACCGACCCCAUCGAAAGGCUCCGGCUGCAGUGCUUGGCCAGGGGCUCCGCAGGCAUCAAAGGACUUGGCAGAGCGUUUCGAAUCAUGGAUGACAAUAACAACCGAACCCUGGAUUUCAAGGAGUUCGAGAAAGGCUUGCACGACUACGCCGUGGUCAUGGACAGGGACGAGGCCCAGCAGCUCUUCCGCAGGUUCGACAGGGAUGGGAGCGGGACCAUCGACUACAGCGAGUUCCUCCUCACGCUCAGGCCUCCGAUGUCCCGGGCGAGGAAGGAGGUGAUCAUGCAGGCCUUCCGAAAGCUGGACAAGACCGGCGACGGCGUCAUCACCAUCGAGGACCUGCGGGGGGUGUACAACGUCAAACACCACCCCAAGUACCAGAACGGAGAGUGGUCGGAGGAGCAAGUGUUCAGGAAGUUUCUGGAUAACUUCGAUUCGCCCUAUGACAAAGAUGGACUGGUGACCCCCGAGGAGUUUAUGAACUACUAUGCGGGGGUGAGCGCGUCCAUCGACACCGACGUGUAUUUCAUCGUCAUGAUGAGGACCGCCUGGAAACUCUAAAUGUAUGAACUGGGGACCAGGGCCCUGAAUACACUCUCCUGGCUCCAAAUGAUUAAACAUCAGCUCAAAACCAGGAUCAUAUUUGGGUGCAGGUUCAGCCCAGUGUUGCUCCCAUGUCAACAGCGUCUAUCUCAAAAAUCCUAU